UUCCAGUACAGUAGGUGGCGGUGUAUGCACCUUAAAUGAGACGCGAUCCGCCAACAAAUUCCCAAAGAAGAAGAAGAAGAAGAAAAGUGGAACAUCUUCAUUUAUCCAUCAUCUUUGGCCUAUAUCUCUGUAGGGUUGAUUUUCCAGAGGAACACACGUCCAGCAGGUAACCAGUCAUCAGCCAUGGCAUCUCUCAGCAGCUCUAACACAGCCUUUGCCUUGGAGCUGUACCACACUCUGGGUCAGACCAACACAGGCAACAUCUUCAUCUCCCCAUUCAGUAUCAGCUCAGCUCUGGCCAUGGUCUACCUGGGGGCUAAAAGAGACACAGCUGCUCAGAUGGCAAAGGCUCUGUCAUUCAACUUCACCAAAGACAUUCACACAGAUUUCCAGACACUCAAUGCAGAUAUCAACUCUCCCUCUGCAACUUACAUCCUGAAACUGGCCAACCGUCUGUAUGGAGAGAAGACCUGCAACUUCCUGACCGAGUUCUUAGAAUCCACCCAGAAGUUCUACCGUGCAGAUAUGAAGGCAGUAGACUUCCUCAGAGCAGCAGAGGAGACCAGAGGACAAAUCAACAGCUGGGUGGAGCAGCAGACGGAAAAUAAAAUCAAAGAUCUGCUGAAGCAAGGGACAGUCAGUGGUUUGACAAGGCUGGCUCUAGUCAAUGCCAUCUACUUCAAAGGAAACUGGUUGAACAGAUUUGACCAGAAAGACACCAAAGAGAUGACCUUCAAAAUAAACCGGAGUGAGAGCAAGCCAGUUCAAAUGAUGCACCAGAUAAAGAAGUUCCCCUUUAACUAUGUCCCAGACUAUAACCUCCAGGUCGUGGAGCUUCCCUAUGUGGAUGAGGAGCUCAGUAUGUUUGUCCUGCUGCCUGAGGAGGCCACUGACGGAUCUGAUCAUCUCGUGAAGACACUGGUUUCCUUACCCUGUAAGCAGCCGAUUGACAAGCUGGAGAGCGAGCUGACCAUGGAGAAACUGAACGAGUGGACCACCAGGUCCAACAUGGACACGGGCACGGACAUCAUAGUUUAUCUGCCCAAGUUCAAACUGGAGGAGGACUACGAGCUGAAUGAUCCCCUGGUCCAGAUGGGCAUGAAGGAUGUGUUCGUCGGGGGCAUGGCCGACCUGUCUGGGAUGAAUGGGAAGGGGGGGCUCUUCCUGUCUACGGUGGCCCAUAAGGCCUUUGUGGAGGUGAACGAGGAGGGGACGGAGGCUGCAGCCGCCACUGCUGGGAUGGUAGCGCUCUGUAUGUUCCGAGAGGAACACUUCACGGCUGAUCACCCCUUCCUCUUCUUCAUCAGGCACAAUAAGACCAAAAGCAUCCUCUUCCUUGGGAGGUUCUCCUCUCCUCAGUAGAAUAGUUAAAACUAGUAGAGAGGAUUUAACAUAAUUUACAACAAUUAUUUGACAGGGGCAUUUAACAUCAAUUAACAUUUCUGUAAAUGUGCCAUAUUUAUCCAGGUAGCUAGUUCCAUUAGCACUUGAUUUAAUCCACUAUAAAACCAAAUAAAGGAGAAUGUCUAAAUGA